AGUUAUGUUUUGAAAAAGUUAAAAGUUUUUAGAAGUUUAUAUUUUGUUUCUGCACAAUACUACAAUACAAUAUGAAAGCAUUCAAGAUAUCUAAUACGACAGAAUUGUGGCAGAAAGAAACAAGCCUCCCUGCCGUUGUAUCUUUCAGCCAAAGCUUGGACAAUAUCUUAGGAACCAAUGGGUUUCAGCUUGGCAGUAUUACAGAGCUGCUAGGUUUACCAGGAUCUGGUAAAACACAAUUGUGCCUACAACUGUGUGCAUCAGUACAAAUACCAAAGCUGCUUGGUGGAUUGAAUGCAGAGGCAUUAUACAUAGACACAAAUACUAACUUUACAAUAACUAGGUUUAGAGAAAUCCUAAGUGCAAGUCUGUUAAGAUGUCAGACCAUACUGGGUGAGCCAUUACAAAUGACUGAAGAUGAAGCUUUGAGUAAACUUCACUAUGUCAAUGCAUUCGGUCUUGAAAAGUUCUGCGCAUUCAUGUAUAGACUGCCUAAGUUUAUAGAAGCACAUCCUAAUAUAAAAUUGAUAGCAAUAGAUUCAAUAGCGUACCCCUUCAAAGAUGGCAUAUCAACAAAACAAAGAACUGGACUGUUGUUCAGACAGAUGGCAGAACUACAAAGGAUUGCAGUACAAUAUCAAGUUGCUGUAGUGUUAUCAAACGAGAUGAGCACCAGAGUGGGUUUAUCAGGCGGUGCUGUGGUUGGUUCACUGGGAGAUGCGUGGGCGCAUCGCUGCAACGUCCGUCUCCUGCUCAGCACCCCACAAGUAACUCAGGACCCCACUGAAAGACUCGCCUUAUUGCUCAAGAGUAAUGUUGCGCCGAGUACUGUUGCUAGAUUUAAGAUCACCGAAGAAGGAAUAAGGGACGCUGAAUGAAACAUGCACCAACAUACAUAGUAGUUUAAUUAAUAAUUAAUGUAAAUAUUGUGUAUAUUGUAAACAAAACUAGAGCACCAAUAAAUAUAUCAUUUUCACAAAAUAUUCAAGCUUCAAUUUCUAAAACAUCUCAACAGUUAUACAAUGUAAAGGCAGUAGCAAGUUUACAGAAGUACCCGGUAGGAUCUCAUCGCGUUGUAUUAUGCGUUCUCUACGAGUUACGACACUAGAGUGAGUAACACGCGUUUGUAGUCGCCUUUCGUAUCGUCCUGCAAAUUAUUACAUUGUACUUUGUAACGUUAGCUUAGUUCGAUUACUUCGACAAAAUAGCAUGCCAAGCCAAACAGUUACGUGUAUAAAAAUAAUAAUAUCUUUAAUAAAAAAAUAUAAUUCAUUCUGCAGGA